AUGUCGUCCUAUCUGGAAGAAAAGCUCACCAACAAGCCAGAAUCAUUCACAGAUGAGAGCCUCAAGUCCUUAUUCCUGCUCAACAACUCGUAUUUCAUAUGGCAGCAGGUGGAAUCUAUCACUCGAGUUGAGGGCUACAUGGAGAGCUAUCUACAAGUAUCCUGGGCAUCGGUGUUGUCAUGUUUGUUCAAUCCUAUGCCUCCUUUCUACAGGAGAGUGAAAGCCUUCCCAUUGACUAAGUUUGAGUCUGUAUUUCGCAAAACUUAUGCUGCCCAAAAGCUGUGGAAGGUCCCGGAUCCUGAGCUAAUGAAGAGACUGCGCAAAGCCAUCACCGAGAAAAUCAUGACAGGCUACACAAAAUUCAUAGAGGAUAACAAUGUUACCACCCCAAAAUUCAUUCCCCAGGAGCUGGAAGGAAUGCUGCAAGAGCUAUUCGAAGGCUGA